AUGGACUUGGCUGUUAAAUUCUAUGAAGCUGAUCAACAAUUAGACAGAAAUGAUCGUGAAUUAUUAGGCAAAUUAUAUACAAAAGUUACAUAUUCAACACUAGUGUUUGGUUGGGGUGCCUUCUUUGCUGUGGCUUCUAUCCCCUUUUAUAGACAAAAAUUGAAAACCGGUUCAAGAAAGGGCACGAAUGUUGGUCGUGCAUUCUUGUUGGGAUUUGCAGGUAUGAUUAUUGGUGCACCAAUUGCAAGUAAAUAUUCAUACAAUUGGCAAGUUGAUUCAUUACAAGAUACAAAUUCAAAAUGUUAUCAAGUUGCCAAGAUCUUGAAACCUUCAGAGGCUGUUAAAUGGAUGAUGUAUUAUAGAUUAACUGCUGAUCAUCCGGAACAUAUAAUGAAGGAUCCAAGAUCCUUGGAAGCUGCAAAGCAAAGAGAUAGAAAAUUGAUGCAAAAUAGAGAUCCAAUGGGGUUGUAUAGUGGUCCUAGAUUUGAUAUGCAACAGGGUAAGAAAAAUAAACAGGAUCAAGAAGAAGCUGUGAAGGAAGAAGGUGAAAUUGAAGGGACAAGUAAUAUUUCUUCAUGGGAUAAAAUCAGAUUACAAAAUGGUAUGAAAGAGAGUGGUACAAGUGGCGGUGGUAGUGCAUGGAAUAAAGUUAGACAACAGCAAAGCAACACUACCACACAGGAGAAACCAGUUAAUCCAUUCACUACAAAUGUUUAUAAACCUGAACAAACAAAAUCAUUUGAUGAGCAAGAAAAUGAGUUCGAAAAAUUAUUAGAAAAUGAGAGACAUAUCGGUGAAGAAGAAGAGAAAUCAAACAAAUGGUGA